AUGGCUCGUCCCAUCAUUCAUAAAACUCUUGAGGCAAAAUUAGCCGCGGCUCGUGAAAAGCGCCGACGCUAUUAUGCAAAAAACAAAGAGCUUAUUCUCAAAAGACGGAGGGAACUUCAUAGCGCCAAACCUGAGUGUGACAUGAAGGAAUCACAGAAGAUGUUGGAAGCCAUUUCAAAAGCCUUGCAUUGCUCUGCCAGUGAUGAGGACUCCGACCCUGCAUCUGAACCUGAUGAAGAGAAUUCUUCUGAUCAUGAUGCCGAGGCAGACCUAUCUGAUCUCAUGCAAUGUUUGAUCGCUCUCAAGAUCAUCAAGGAUGACAUGUUGGAAUUGACAGAUGAUCCUUGCGCCUUUGUCCAAGGUGUCUUCCUUGAGUACGUUAAGACCCUGGAUAGCAGCGCUAAAGGUGAUGUCACCAUCCUCGAAAAAAUGUUGGCCACUGUUGAAGGCUUACUCAACCGCGUAAUUCCCAUCCAAGAUCAAAUUCUCAAUUUCUGUGGGAUAGCACCUGAGUGGCAAGCAGCUGACUUGGUGUCCCGCUUCCUCAGGACUAUUCUUGCGUACCUAGAGGAUAUCUUAUGUCUUUUGAGAUUUAAUGGACCUUCCGAGCUCGCAGUCGCUCACUCAAUGGGAGAACUAAUGUACCAGAAGGGUAUCAGAAUUUGA